CGUAUAGGGGGCUGCCAGACUGCUGCACUAAACAGCUGUUCGAAUUUCGGCGGCAUUUCAUUUCAUAAACCAUUGUAAAUAUUUUUAGCAGAAACAUGGUUAAAACUAAAGGAAAUGCCAAGAAAUUUGGCAUGCAUCCGCGCAAUGUUUUGCGCCAGCCGCCUGACUAUACAAAAUUGGCCAUUAAAUACAGGGACUUUCGACAAGAGUGCGAGUUGGAACUCAAUGGCAAAGUCUCUGUGAAUUUUCGCAACGAGAAGACUCUGCGUGAACUGACCAAAACGCUGCUAAAAGAAUAUUUUGAUUUAAAUGUGGAUUUUGCACCUGGAAGUCUGGUGCCCACUUUGGCCCUGCGUUUAAAUUACAUUUUGUGGAUAGAGGAUCUGAUGGAACCGCUGAGGUUAAAGGAUAUAAGGGGGAUAGAUAUAGGUUGCGGUUCCUCCUGCAUUUAUUCCCUGCUGGGGGCCAAGAAGAAUGGCUGGCACAUGUUGGCCCUGGAAUCGAAACCCCAGAACAUCGAAUACGCCAGGGAAAAUGUGAGGAAAAACCAGCUGGAGAGCCUCAUAGAAGUCUAUGCCCAGCCAGAUAAGAUAAGCAUCUUCAAGAGCUAUUUUGAGAAGGACCAGCAGGAGCUGCAGUACCACUUUUGCCUGUGCAAUCCGCCGUUCUUCGACUCCAACUUGUCAAAUCCCUUUGGCAGCAAUACCAGGAAUCCCGAGAGGCGACCAGCACCCAAUAAUGCCAGAACUGGCAGCCAGGAGGAACUCACCUGCGCGGGUGGCGAGGUGCAGUUCGUGCAACGCAUCAUAGACGAAAGUCUGGAGAACAAGCUGCGCGUACGAAUCUUCACGACAAUGUUGGGCGUCAAGGCCAAUGUGCCCAGGAUACUGGACUACCUGAAGGUGCUGCAGGUGGCAAGUGUCAGCACCACGGAGUUCCACCAGGGACACACCACUCGCUGGGCGGUGGCCUGGAGCUUUCAUUCGGAGACGCUAAGCCAGGAGACCUCGUGUAAUUAAGUUACACCUUAGUCUUUAUGUACUUUCUAGUUAUAGCUGGAUGUAGCACGGAGCUUGAAUAGGUUUUUAUUUUCAGUAGAACUCGUGUUUUCAUUAGAAAGCUUGUUAGCAUUAACCUACUGGUUUAAAAGUUCACGAAGUAAUGUAAAUUUAAUAUCUAACGCAAAACUAAUUCCAAUAUAAGGAGUAAAUAUGUAUUUUUAUUUGA